CCCUCCAUCAUUUGGCUCUUCAUGAAAGCUUUAUAAACAAACCAAGCGCUUUUUUUAUUUAAUUUAUAAGUGUCUAUGAAUACUGCGGUUACAGCGGUGUAUUGUUUAUUUUUAUAAUUUCGUUAAUUAGAUAUUUUUGAUCUUUUUUCACUAAGUCUAUUUUUAUAUUCACCAUAAAAUGUUUUCUUUAAUCUCAAAAGUUGCCGUCAGUGCCUCUUUAUCACAUAUUAGUAACAGCGCUAAUUUCAUAAAUAAUGCGGCAAAAAUGUCUCAAGUUUCUUACGAAACUUUAUCGGUAACAGUGCCUAAAGAAUUUGUAUAUCAUGUCGAACUCAGUCGUCCUGACAAAAUUAAUGCGAUGAAUAACACUAUGUGGAUGGAAAUCAAGAAAUGCUUCGAAACCUUAAACACUGAUGAAAAUUGCAGAGCCAUUGUCUUAUCAGCAGCGGGGAAAAUUUUCACUUGUGGUUUGGACUUCCAGCAAGUGAUGCAAGUUGGGCCCCAACUGGCUCAGAUGAGUGACAUAGCUCGCAAAGCUAAAAUUUUGUAUCAGUUUGUUACAAAUUACCAGAACUCCGUUUCAUCACUUGAAUUAUGCAGAAAGCCUGUUUUGGCUGCUGUUCAUUCUGCUUGCAUUGGGGGAGGUUUUAAUCUUAUCACAGCAGCUGAUAUGAGAUACUGUACUAAAGAUGCAUUUUUCCAACUCAAAGAGGUCGAUAUUGGGAUGGCUGCCGACGUGGGGGCCCUUCAAAGACUGCCUAAAGUGGUGGGGUCCGAUAGUUUAGUAAGAGAGUUGGCUUACACUGCCCGAAAAAUGCCAGCAAGUGAAGCCCUAAGCUCGGGGUUGGUCUCGAAAGUGUUUGAUGAUAAAGAUGGAAUGAUUGAGGGUGUUGUUGGGAUAGCGGCAGAAAUUGCCUCAAAGAGCCCCGUUGCAGUACAAGGUACAAAAUUUAAUUUGGUUUAUUCACGGGAUCACACUGUACAAGAGGGAUUGGAUCAUAUUGCCAUGUGGAAUCAAACAAUGAUGCAAAGUGAAGAUUUUACGACUGCCACUGUAGCUCAAGCAACAAAACAGAAAAACGUUGUUUUUGAAAAAUUAUAAGCAAACAAAAAUAAAAAUUUCUUAUCUCAAA